AUGGAUGGUUCUACCUUCUCGCCUUCAUGUCUGACAGAUAAGAAGUGUGUACCAUGCAAUCUAAAGGAAUUGAGACCCAUGACUGAGGGUGCAGCUCACACUCUAAUGCCACAGGUUGAUGAGUGGAAUUUGGUAAAUGAAGAUGGUGUCAUGAAGCUAAGGCGAUCAUGGACAGUAAAGACUUUUACCAAAGGAUUGGAAUUUUUCAGGAAAGUAGCUGUUCUUGCUGAAAAUGAAGGUCAUCAUCCUGAUCUACACCUUGCUGGCUGGAAUAAUGUUACCAUUGAGAUUUGGACUCAUGCUGUUGGGGGACUGACAGAAAAUGACUUCAUUCUUGCUGCUAAGAUUGAUAAGCUUGAUUUGCUUGAUCUACUUAGACGAAAGCCUUCAGACUGA